UUCUAAAGUAAGGUAAAGUUGCUGCUCAGAAUCUAUGAGCUGCAUCCAGGAUGAGCUAUUUCUUCUUAGCUCCUGAAUUGCCUUUGCCCUUUAGUCCUCUCUCUUCUCAAGCUUUUGAAGAAAUUCAACGCCAUGCCGAGGAAGCCUGGAGACGGGAGGCUCAAAGAGAGGCCAACUGUGCAACAACAUAUUCUGCUGGUUAUGGAAAAAAGGAGCUGGCUGAAUCCGCAAGGUGCAGAACCAAACCCUCCUCUCCUACCAGGAUAAAUAGACCUCAUCCACCAGAAGUGUUUAUGGUAAACCAGCUUCAUUAUAUACCUGGAUAUUACAACAGUGAUAAACAAACUGCUGCAGAUGACAAAGGCAAAUACUAUGAACAUCCAGGUUACAGAGAAGAUUCUAAAUAUGUCAGACAACAAGUAGUGUAUCAAAAUAUGUACUCUGGUGGUUCAAAGUCACAUCAGGCAGCUCAGAACUGGAUAAAACAUGCCAGUGAAAAUGAGGGCAGAAAUAUUGAGAAAAUGAAAAAUUUUGCAGCAGAAAGUCAGAAGAUGCAGACUAUACCACACAAGAAACAGCUGAGGUGGAAACUGCGAGGCAAUCUUUUCUCAAACGUAACUGAUUAUGCAGCCAGGGCCAUGGAAAAAACAGAAGUACCUUUCCUAUAACAUAACCAGUUACCAAUUGAUGCAGGAGCAGGAUUAAACACAAGACUGAGAAAGCAUGAUACAGCAUUGUCGUAUUCACUACGAGGUGCUCAAGGAUUAGAAUAUUUGUUCUAGGAAUACAACCAAGAAUUCUUCAGCUAAUUAGAAGUUUAUACCAGGGCUUGAUUUGCACUGAAGAUUGCUUUGAAUAAGAUAAUUCCUUCAUUACAGUGGUUCAAUAUUCUAUUCUAACUUCAUUUCAAAGUGUCAAGCUCUUGUUUUGAUAAGUAGUGCCCUCACCUCCAUGACUCUUGGCAAUUUGUCUGACCUUGGAGCUGUGUAGAUGUUUCCUCUCUCUCCAUCUCUCCUGUGCAUCUGAAUGUCUUAAUGGCAUUAUCGUUUUUUUAUGCUGAUCUUUACAAGACGUUGACAAAACAUACACGCUGUGUUGGAUGACAGAAAAAUUCACAUUAUUUCACCAAAAUGUACUAAAUGGGAAUUAAAGGCCAGAUUCUACCACCUUUACUCACACAAAGUAGCACCUUACUCCACAAUUAGUUCCACUGGUUUCAGCUGGGCUAUCUGUGGAGUCAGAUACUACUCAAUAUGAGUAAGGGUGGCAGAAUCUGGUUGUAAAUGAGAAUUUCAUAGCUCUUAAAGGGAUUAUGAUAAUCUAAUCUGAUCUAAUCUCCUUAUCAUUGACACUAUUUCUUUAUAAUUUACCUAAAGGCUAUCAUGAAUAAUUAGUCAGACUUUUACAAGGAAUGCUAGGAGGGACCUUUAUUAAAUUCUGUGUUGUGGCUGUCACAACAAGGCUUUCAUUUAUACACCCAACCUACAGUCUGAAGGAUCUCAAAGUACUUUAUAAGGAAAAUCAUACAAGGAUAUUUAGGGAUCACUACUAAAAUACCUGUGGUGGAACACAGCAACUUUUUAACAGUACACAACAACGCUACACAUUAGCUUUAGGAAAGGAAGUGAAGAAUGCUGUAUUCAAUUAAAAUACAGGGGGAAUAUUUGGAAGGUAGAUAGAAUGUAGUUACAUAAAGUUCCAUUUGGCUAGCAAGUACAGAUUCUAUUUUUGCUCUUACAAUGCCUCAGAAGGUCAAGACCAUGCAUAUAUCUCAGCUGAAAGACAGCACUUUCAGCCGCACAGUAUGCCCCUGAAAAAUAUACUGGCGCAUUGGUCAUUAUUGAAUCAAAGGAAAAAGUGCCACAUCCUGAAUCAUGCAGCACCACUUCAAACAGUAUAUAAGUGCUUUGGAGGUCUCGCAUCCCAGUACUGAGCAGGUCCCACUCUGCUUAGCUUGUGAGAUUAGAAAAGAUUCCAACACAAGGCAGUAUGGCUGAAGGCCAAAUAGUCAAUUAUUAAUUUCCUUACAUUUUCCUACUUUUGAUCAAGAAAGACGUAAAAUGUAACAACAACUGGAAUUACAAAAAAAUCGCAGAAUUUUCUCCUGGUUAAAACUGAAUAAAAUGUCUGUCUUACCUUUUUAUGUCUGUUACUCCUGUUGGGAAAACUUCCCUAUCCGCAUUUUUUAAAAAUCCUUAAAGUUAGAUAGAUUAGUUAACAAACCAAUGGAGGGGGAGAGGAAAAAAGAAAAGAAACCAGAGUAUAGCCAACCAUUUUUAAUUAGAGUAUAUUGUACUUCCAAACUGGAUACACUAGAAAUUGGCAAUGCAACAUAAGAUGCAAAAGAAUAUACCAGUUACUGUCAAAAUGACCCUGUACAGCCUUAUAAUGCAAAAAGCUUUAUACAAUACAAAUUUUUAUUAAUGUACACAAACCUUGACAGUGUGAUAUUUGAACAUAAUACAAGUAAAAAAGGACAGG